UGUAUGUGUGUGUGUUUUUCCUGACCGGAGUUUACUGAAUAGUUUUAGUCUUCACCACACAGCUCAGUCGUCCUGAACAACAUGGAUGGUACUCUUAAGAUUUUGCUUCUGGCAGCCCUGACUCUGCUGGUUUCUGCUCAGACUUUUGAUAACUACAGAAGUUUGCCUGAUGAAUUACGAACACAUAUAGACAAGGCUCUGAAAAAGGCAAACGAAAACUUUGGAUUGGGUUUUCAUGUUGCUUUUCUUUUAAUCAAAAAACCAGUGAAGCUGGAUCAAAAACUGUAUGUAAACGUCCUUCUGCAAGCCACAACGUGCAAGAAGACUUCAGACAAUGCAUAUGAGCACCGAGAUGAAUGUUCUACACGACAAAAUAAUGCACCGAAGAUUGAUUGUGUUGUGUGUAAGACACACGAUGGUGAAGAAUUGGUGGACUGUGCCAGGGCUUUUCAGGUGUCAAAGGUUACACGAAAUAAAUGUGCAAUUAAUUAUCUUUCUGGAAAGAACACUGCCUUUCGGAAAUCCGAUGAUAAGGAGAUUGGAUGUAUCGGAUGUUUGUAAAGUUGCAUGUGUCUCAACAGCACAAAUUCUAUACUAUAUUUUAAAACUGUAAAACACUACAUAUAUAAGUGAAAAGUGAUUUGCUUACAUGCAGAAUUGAUGCUCAGUGCCUGAGUAUUUCAUAACGUUCUAGGCAAACUCGGUUCAGCACACACAUGCACGCACGCACGCACACAAAUAAUCUCUUGUUCAUGAUUACAUCUAAUAAGAAUGAACCUACAGUACACUUGGAUCUGACUCUAAUCACUGACAAAGUAGUAUUUCUCUUCUGUAUCAAUAUAAACCACUUAUACUGACUGUAAAGCAGCACAUGGACAUUAAACAACCAGUAUCUGACAACAAAAUUAACUAAUUACUCUUCAACAUAUAACUUUUGUUGCAGUACAUGAUCUGUGCAACAAAUAUGACAUUCACUGAGUGAGAAAAUCAUAUGUAUCUAGCAAGGUUCUACACUUCUGUCUGUAAUCUGAUUGUUUUUACCACAAUGUUCGAUUAAAAGUGGCCCCUUACCCAACA